AUGGGUGCGCCCAUUAUGAUACCAGAGAUAUGGUAUCUGGUCUUCCAAUUUUUAGCUACCAGGAACGAUCUCAGAAAUGUGUGCAGUGUAUGCCGAUUAUUUGAUGCAAUCGCAACCCCUCUCUUGUACCGGUCACUUAUUUUCCGCGACCCGCAUAUCGACGGAAGUCACUGGUCCAAGUUACCCGAUGAUGAAGACGUAGAGACACAAGAUGAGGCCGAUAAUCUUUCCUUUGGCCUCUUGUGCAGGCUUCUGGACGACAAUAAUGAUAUAUUACGGGGAUUUGUGCAUGAAAUUGUUUUUGAUAAAAUGAACAACAUGAGAACAGUAGAUCGUGUUUGGCGAAAGCUGCAGCCGCCCAACGAUGCUCUCGCUACUCUGGUAAGUAAACUGCCAAAUUUAGAGGCCAUAGUCUUCCAGAACAAGCUUCCAAUAACAGAUAGGUUUGUGAAUGCCCUUCUCAGCCAUAAAAAAUCUCCGAAGCUUCAUCUCCUGGGAGAAGAUGGCAGAACUAGGGUCAACAUUAAGAUGCCCUUUGUGCAGAAACUGCAUACUUCUGUAGAUGCCCAAGCUGAAGCUCCCAGAGACCGUCCGGAGACACAUAGAUCCGGGGUCCGCGUGUGGGAGCCGCAGAGGUUGGCUUUGCAUGAGCUUUUCAAUGCCUUUCCGAAUCUUGAAGAACUAUCAGUAUCUAUCAAUUGGCUGCGAGGAGGCUGCGUGCUGGGUGGCCCGCCCUCUCCUACCAGGAUACUGGAGCUUGUUCUAUCCGAAGAAGCAACAUUCCCACCGCUUAAAAGCCUCUCACUGAGUGGUUAUCCUUUCCAAGGAGAUGAACUUGCUCUCUGGCGAGAUAGGUUCCCUUGGGACAGACUACACUCUCUCAGUCUUGGCGUCCAGCUACCACCAUCUACCCCGAGGCUCUUGGAGCUAGCCACGGGAAAGGUGGUCAAUUUGAAAGAAUUUCAAAUUACUAGCUACGAUCGUUUGAGCUCGUCAGCUGAACUUGAUGCCUUUUUGUGCUCAUUUGAUACUCUGGAAAGUCUGACCGCUAAAGGAGCGGUCCCUUCAUUAUCUUCUGUGGUUCAUCAAUCCAACCUGAAGCAUAUUUGCUUACAUACGAUCGAAGAACCUGAUAGGGAAAGGGAGACUCUGGACGUUGAGCAGCUGAAAGAUUUAAAUCAGCAUUGCCCCAAGCUUACGACCUUGGAAAUUGAUUUGGAUCCGAAUGGCACAUGGCCCGACGAUAUUGUCAGUGUCAUAGCAACCAGCUUCAAGAAUCUUCGACGAUUUUCCAUUCAUGUCGGACUAGGUAUCGCUCGUGCAAAAGAUUAUCAUUCAAUGGAGCAGGAGUUUGCGCGAGUUUUGACAAAGUCAAAGGCGCAAGACUUUGCAAAACGGUUCUUUGAACUCAGAGGACCGUCCGUUCUGGAGAUGAUUACGCUGAAAACGGGCGAAAACUUGCGCUGGUUUCCGCAAUGGCCUCCAGAGUAUGCCAGCGCAGAAGAAGAGUGCACAAAUAUAUUUGAAAUCUAUUCUCCUCUUGAAGAUAAUCACGAGACGCGUCUCAACGAGUUGGAAAGCGACUAUGCCCGCCUGAUUAGAAUAUUAGACGAGAACAGCAUGGCCUAUCACAAUUCUAUGAAUCGCUCCAGCGCAGAUUCAAAGCCCCAACGGCUCAGCAGGUUUCCUCGUGUACUCAAAACUCCAGCUUUUCCACUUUAA